GUGGGGCCCAGUGUUGUUGUUGGUGUUGCAGAGCAGUCUGUGUACGCGCCCUGCUGUAGCGUAGCUCGGUAGUUCAUUUAACAGUAAGGGAAGCUGAUUAGCAUAGUAAGAAAUUGGAAGGGUUUGCAAACAUUUUAAUAUCAUAACUUGAUCCUGCAAUACACUCCUAUACCGUAACGCAGGUUUUGUUUAUACGUUGUAUGUCAGAAGUAAGUCUUUUUUUUUUUUGUAAAAAGAAAAAAUAAAACUAUUUCUGUGUGUGAAGACCUCUGAAUAACCAGCAUGUCUGCAAACUGCCAGCAAAGGAAGAGCUGCCCUAUUCCGACCCGAGUUGUUCACGUGAAAGACUGGACCCAGCUCCCGGACCGCUACAGCUCUACGCCGGGAGGAACCCUGUUCUCCACUACGCCAGGAGGGACCAGGAUCAUUUACGAGCGCAAGUUUCUCCUGGAGUGCCGGAACUCUCCGCUCGCUCGGACUCCCCCCUGCUGCCUGCCACAGAUCCCGGGGGUGACUGUGCCGCAGCAUCCCCGCCUGUCCAAGCUGGAGGAGCUGAAAGAGGAGGAGCCUGACAACGACCUGCCAGCUGACGAAAGUGACCAGUUCGAAAUGGACAUGUGAAGAGCGAGCCAGCCAGCCGGCAGCGAAGGAGGAAAUGCUUCCUGUUUUUUAAAGGUUUUUUUCUGGUGUCUGAAGCAAACUUUUUAUUUUUAUUUUUGAUGCUCCAAGUGGAGUAGGACUGUUCCUGAAGGAGUAACCAUGUUGUAGGAUAUAGUGUUUGGAGCUGGUAGGGAAUUUGGUUAAUUUUCUUUUAAAACACUGCUUUUAACGCAGUCAUUUUGUAUCAUUGUUACUUUUUUUUUUUUUAAACAAAAUAUGUAUUUGAUACAUUCGAGUUUACAAAAACACACAGUGUUUACGCUAGUCUUUAAUUAAAGCGUAAUGGCUGUUAACAUUUGUUUUGUAAAUCUUUAAAACAGUCCAGGGUGGGGGAUGCUGGUGUUCACAGCUCCUGUUGUGAAGCCAGUCGAGUUUUGUUUGUGUGCAGUAAGUUGCUGCUGAGAAGUCUGGGAGCUUGGUGUUUAAUAAAAGAUUGAAACAUC